GUUUUAGGAACUCCAAUCCGAAGCAAAGAUGCCAGCAGAAGCCACCGUGAAAGCGCCCAAGAAGGGCUCCAAGAAAGCCGUGACUAAGACCGCCGCCAAGAGCGGCAAGAAGAGGAGAAAGAGCAGGAAGGAGAGCUACGCCAUCUACGUCUACAAGGUGCUGAAGCAGGUCCACCCCGACACCGGUAUCUCCUCCAAGGCCAUGGGCAUCAUGAACUCUUUUGUGAGUGACAUCUUUGAGCGCAUCGCCGGUGAGGCCUCCCGUCUGGCCCACUACAACAAGCGCUCCACCAUCACUUCCAGGGAGAUCCAGACCGCCGUGAGGCUGCUGCUGCCCGGGGAGCUGGCCAAGCACGCCGUGUCUGAGGGCACCAAGGCCGUCACCAAGUACACCAGCUCCAAGUAAACCAUCCCGCUGCUGUAAUCUACUAAACCAACGGCUCUUUUAAGAGCCACCCACUUCUUCUUAGAGAGCAGAGUUUCAUUCAGUUAUGGGUUUAGAUACAAAUACUUUAACCAGUUUUCUAUGCUUUGUCCUCCACGUACAUUUUGCAUUGUAUAACUUAUUUGUUUUAUAAGUUUCCUUUAUACUUGUUGAACCUGACUUAUUCUACUGUGGGUCAGAGGGAACAUUAUCAAUUUCUGUCUGGCACAUAUUGCUGAAUUAA